GAGACUCUGAGGACUCUCCCAGCCACCGGCUAACAGAACGAUCACACACCCAGGCCUCCUGUGAGGGUUCAGAGCCACAUGCAGGCACCGGCCCAUGAAAACCAGGAUGUGCCCACAUAGCAAAGCCCUGCACGCUGUUUUCAAUAGAACUGGAUUAACUGGAAAGUAUGCACACGCAUUGAAAGGUCAGAAUAUGUUGAUGGAUAUCUCAUAACAUAACUUAAGCCACUUGGAUGCAGGCUAAAUGCUUCCUAUCAAAAGUGUAAGUUCUUAAGUAUGUUGUGAGUAUGUUUGACCUACUUUCCUCUCCAGGCUGGUUGCUGUGCGAUCUAAACCACAGGGUGAGAUUGGGUGAAUUUCCCUCUUUUACGCUGCUGAACUCUAUAUAUUUAAUGGAAUAAGGACCUGAGAUGAUCCCUCUCAUCUCUGCAGGCCCCGCUGCCCCUCCUUAAAGACACACAUACCCCUUGGUGGUGUGCGCAGGCGCACCAUGGCCCAGACCCUCCAGAUGGCGAUCCCAAACUUUGGCAACAAUGUUUUAGAGUGUCUGAAUGAGCAGCGGCUGCAGGGCCUCUACUGUGACGUGUCCGUGGUGGUCAAGGGCCACGCCUUCAAGGCUCAUCGGUCAGUCCUGGCUGCCAGCAGUUCUUAUUUCCGGGACCUUUUCAGCAGCAGCAGCAAUGGUGGAGGUGGCAGCAGCAAUGAGACCAGCCCCGCUGUGGUGGAGCUCCCGCCGGCCGUGCAGCCCCAGAGCUUCCAGCAGAUUUUGUCUUUCUGCUACACAGGCCGUCUCAGCAUGACUGUGGGGGACCAGUUUCUCCUCAUGUAUACAGCCGGCUUCCUGCAGAUCCAACAGAUCAUGGAAAAGGGCACUGAAUUCUUUCUCAAGGUCUCCUCCCCCAGCUGUGACUCCCAGGGCCUUCAUGCAGAGGAGGCCCCACCCUCUGAGCCCCAGAGUCCUGUAACACAGACCAGUAACAGCACCGGGCGGCCGGCCUCCUGCCUGACGCCGCUCCCUCUGGUAUCACGAGUGAAGACAGAGCAACCGGCUAGCCAGCCGGAAGCAGCCACACCCUAUUCGGUGGUCUGCACCCCUGUAGCCAAGCGGUUGUGGGAGGGUGGCAGCAGCCGGGAUGGAGGUGGGGUAGGCUCAGGAGGAGGGGGUGGGGCCAGGAAGGCAGCCCGUUAUUCCCAGGAGGCGUUGCGGGGCAGUGCCAUCCAAAGCCCCGCAGCCCUCGGACUCGCCAUGGGAAUGGGAGCCACCGCAACCAGUCUGGCAGGCAUGGUGACCAGUGGCGGGCUUAGCGGCUGUACCAGCACCAACGGGAGCUCUGCAGCAGGUCUCGGCAUGUCAGAGGGCGCCAGCCCCGGCACCCUGAGUACCUACACCAGUGACUCACCCAUCAGCUACCAUGAUGAUGAAGAGGAGGAGGAGGGGACAGAUGAAUGUGCUGAAGAGCAGUACAGGCAAAUCUGCAACAUGUAUACCAUGUACAGCAUGCUCAACAUGGGAGCUGCAGCAGCUGGCGAGCGUGUUGAGGCUCUACCAGACCACACAGAGACACGGGGUCGGAUGCGAGGCAGAGAUCUUACUUGUCUCCCUGCAGAACUCAUCGCUCAGAUAGGCAACCGCUGCCAUCCCAAACUGUACGAGGAAGGAGACCCCGCUGAGAAGCUAGAGUUAGUCUCAGGUACUUCUGUGUAUAUAUCGCGAGCCCAGCUAAUGAACUGUCAUGUGAGUGCUGGGACCAGACACAAAGUGCUGCUGAGGAGGCUGCUGGCCGCCUUCUUUGACAGGAAUACUCUGGCCAAUAGCUGUGGAACAGGCAUCCGCUCAUCCACCAAUGACCCGAGCCGCAAGCCCCUGGACAACAGAGUGCUGCACGCUGUCAAAUUUUAUUGCCAGAACUUUGCCACCAGCUUCAAAGAGAGCGAGAUGAACGCCAUUGCAGCCGACAUGUGCACCAACGCCCGGCGUGUGGUCCGCAAGAGCUGGAUCCCCAAGCUCAAGCUGCUGAUGGCCGAGAGCGACGCCUACUCCGCUUUCCUCCCCGACCAUGUCAAGACGGAGGACGACACCCUGGGAGUGGAUCAAGCAUUUGACCCCUCCUCCCUGGAGUCGACCGGCGGUGCUGGCAUGGAGUCCGGUGAAUCACUACAAGGUGUGGGGGGGGACGGAGGACCUUUGUUUUGAACACUGUGUCAGGGGAAGGUUGAAAUUUGUUGACACACAUACCAGUUCUCCCCAGUUCUGCUUGCCUCCUCACUCUUUGGCCCACACUGAUAUCUCACAUUUGACUGUCUAUGCUACACUGCUGGGGUUGUUGUGACCCUGAUGUAACCAGGACAUGAAAACUAAACUUGCUUUAUGACUGUCGAUGGAGUUAGUCGAACGGGAGAGAGUUAGUUUCAACCUAACCGCCCUCUGCCUCCCCUUGUCUUUUAAGGUGUGUAAGUGCAUCCACUGUUGCAUAUGAAAUACAUUCCCUGACGUGCGGGUGAUGGGGGAAGUUACCAGUGCAGCCCGGGGGAGGAGAAAUGGGUUUGGCUGAUAGACAGAUUAGGAGUAGAGGUGGCGAGUAUAUUGAAUGUAAGUGUCAGUGGCAUUUUUCUCUAUGCAAGCCUGACACCUUGUAUUCCAGCCUCGGGGAAAGGAAAGUCAAUUUGAAAUAGAUAUGUUGUUAAAAAUAAAUGAACACUACAUGUUCCUCCUCCUCCUCCAUCUUCCACUCAUCACCCUGCAAGUAUCCUUCACCCCCACCUCACCUCUCUUGAGACCAGAGAAUCUCACCUGAGUGUUUCACUGUGCGGUAUCUUUUAGAAAUAAAUCUGAUCUUUCUGUUUUUCUAAUUCUUAGCAUAUAAAGUCUAAUUUUUGUUUGUCCAUCAACUGAAAAGUGAUCCAGAGAGAAGGGAAAAGCUUUACUGAGAUGACUGUAAAGAAAACUGAAGGGCAACAGGUAAACAAAGAACGUUCAUAUUUUUAGAAGACAAACUAUAUUUAUACGAGUGCCCAUGCCUAGGAUGGUGUGAGCGAAGAGAGCGAGAGGGAUUGUUUUAAAAUCUCGAUCUUCAUGUUUUAUUGAAAGUCGAACAAGGAGAAGUGCUAUUUUUGCAGAAAAAAGGAGCAUAAUAAAGCAGUCUUAUCAUAGGUCCCAUAGUCAUUUAUUUUUAUCUUUAUUUUACUGUGCAGAGUGAUGGAAUGAGCAGUCGAACUGCUAAAUUUGAAGCAUUUCAUCUUCUCUUCACAAGCUCAAAAGGAAUAAGACUGAUUCAGCUGGCUCGACUGUUUGUCUGUGGUAACCAUUUCUUGUUAGGUUAUGAACCUGCAGCGUUUACUUGUAGAAAUAUAAAGGUUACAUUGAUCUGACAACUCAGCUAGUUUCUUCUAUGUAAGAAAGGUAUUGAAAAGAGAAGGACAAAAAUCUGCUGACAUUUUGUGGAAAUGCAAAAGUCAGAGGAAACAAUUGUGGAAUAUUGGAAUGUGCCUUUAAAUUGAAAUCAAUAAGCAGAAUGCUGGUGGUUUUGGAGACGUCAAUAGAGAUAUUGCUUGAAGAAAAUAGGUGCGAUGGUACUGUAUGUGUUUGUGUGUAUGUGUGUGUGUGUGUGUGAGACAUAGCUCUCUGCCAAUUCUGGUAUGUGGUUUAUUAACGUAUAUGCACCACCUCUUUAAUAUGGAAACAUUCAAAAUGGCUGACAGUUUUGUUUUAGAGUUUGAGAUGAUUUUGCACCUUCCAUGAGAGGAAGUGGGGGUUUCCGCACCUUAAUGACAAGAACCAGUGGUUCACGCACCUUUUAGAGAAAUGUUGUGUAGCAAUUGAAUCCCUUUAGGUGGAAUUUGUCAUUUUUUCCAUGUCUACCUGUGUUUCUUUCUUUUUUUCUUUUCUUUGUGGCACAAAGUCCUACUGUAAAUAAUCAAGAAGACUGUUGAGUUGAAUCCAAGUGUUCCUCCUCUCUGUUGCUUGAUGUGUCUGAAUGCGACGCGACAAGAAGCUGACCUAUUUUUUAUGUGAGCGUUUGUGUUGAAUGCAUGUUGACGAGUAGAAUGGAGAUCAGUACGGGGGCAACUUUAUUCCUGUUGCAGGUGGAUGUAUACGUCUGAGUCAGGAAUGUGCUCUCAUCCUGUAACGCUCACACCGAUGACUGAUUACUUUCUCCCUCUGGAAAGGCAUUUCUAAAAAAAAAAAGGUUAUAUUUUUCUGAAGACUGGUGCAGUGUAAAAACAUGGAAGGAAUAUAUGCUUCUUACUCAAGCAGUUGAGUUCAUCUUAUUAGAAUAAAUCACUUUAAGCAUGUUAGAUACAGCGCAACCUAUUUUUCAUUAUUCGUUAAAGUUAUAAGAGUUUGCUUCGGUGCUUUGACGAGGAGACAUAUAUGAAUAGAACAAAAAUGCAGUACCUUAUAAGUAUAAUAAAGUAUAAUGACAAUAAAACCUCACAUUUGCAUUUGACUGUAGAUGCCAAAUGAGCACCCCCCCCUCCGCCACUUACCUCCUCAGUAUCUUCAAAGACUGUUGCACUUCCUGUCCCUCGUGCAGCUGGUGUCAUGGUUGACUUCCACAAGUUUGUUCAUGUGUGUCUGAGAGAGGCAAAGCAGUGGUUUCACGUAGUUAAAUCUGAAUUGUGAUACGUGUACGUUUGAUUUGCUUAGUAGAUUUCAGGUGUUAUUUUUGUAACAGGACCCAAAGUCUACAGCUCAACACAGUUUUAAUUAUGACAGCACUGUUACAGUUAGUCCCUUGUAUUAAAAUCCAAAAUCCGUUCAAUAGUUUGCUGGGAAAUCGCAUGAUGUUACACUGAAGAUUUUCACAAAGCUAAAAACCUCAACACACUUUUUAAAAAUCAAUUCUUUGUAAUGGCAGGUUGACAAGGAAGGGCCUCACAAGGGCCUCUGAAUUCCAUGUAGGGAGAUUUGGGACCCUACUCGCAUAAUUCUAUGACAAAGUAUAUCUCAUGAUAUCUCAACAUCUCUCAAACCUGUUCAUGUUCCUGCUAAAUGAUGAUGAAAAAGGCCAAAUUAUUGUUUAAAUUGCCAUGAUUACAGGAUUUUGUGUGAUUGUGUGUGUCCCAGAAGUGUAUAAGUGAAACAUAAUGACCAUUGACACCAAUAGAAAUGAGAGUGCGAUCGAAAAAAAGAUGAAAAUAAAACGUUUUUUAAAGCAAGAAGCAAUAAGGGCUUAAAUGAGCUUCUGACUGUAACCGUCUACUCUGUUCUGACUAAAGCUGAAAUCUCACCAGUUAACUAAUUAAGUACAAGGAAGCCAUAUGAGUCUGCUCUCACUAAACAGUGGCCCAGUCCAAAUACAGAGAUAACCACACCGCACGGUUGAUAAAGUCAGAAAAUCCUGCUGUUGUGCCUCACAAGCAAAGCUUCACGACACUGGUUUAGACUCCAUGUUGAGAUCAGUUGAAUCAGCGAAGUAGAAAUUACUAUUGUUACGGUACAUGUCAGGGGUUUUACCUACUGUAAGCUUUCAGGGCCAAUUCCAUUUCUUUUGACUCGGUAAGAGUCCAUCACUCACAACCUACUCGCACAGCUCUUCACCGCAGUAGGUGUGCCGGUGUGGCUGUGUUUUAUUUUGUGUGUGUUUGAAGCAAAAUGUAAUUUCUGUACCUUUCAGCGUUUGUGUUUACACUUCACAAAACAUGUAGACCUACACACUUGAAUGGAUAAGGUGUGGCACGGCAUGGGGAACUUUUUGUCACUAAACAGUACAUAUAUAAAUAUGAUUAUAUACAUGUAUAGAUACAUAUUGUAUAUUAUAUAUAGACACACACAUAGAGGUCAGAUUGUUUGUUGUGCACUCACAGCAUGAGGUAUAUAUUUACCUAGAAACAGCGCUUCUUCACAAACCUGUGCAGUAACUGGUCUGCCCAUGUCUCUGCCCCUGCGCCUUGCCCUCUGUAACCCUGUAGCUCCAGUUGACCUCCUGUACUGCUCAUCCUAUUCUGUGUUCCAAGUGCCAAUAACUUUGUGAAAGCCCUGUAACUGUGACCCAACAUUAUCAAAGGUAAUUGCACAUUAACUGACUGUAAAAUAAAUACAAAUCAUAGAUAAAAAUGUCAAAAUGGAUUAAAUAAUGAAUAUCUUAAUAAAAGAUUUGUAACAAUU